CACCGCCGUGUCUGCUCCUCCUCAGCUGGUAGAUGUAGAUAUUUAACUCUUCUCGGUGACUGCUUUUGUAAUCUUGUAGCUGAUUACGUCUUUAAAAAGUUUUAAAGACGUCUAAUAUAAGAGCAGCUAGUGUUAGCAGCUAGCAGCUAACCGGCUAGCCCCCCCUCCUCUCUGCUAGCAUGGACAGGAGCACCGAGGAGAGAGGAACAGAGGAGAAAUUAAUGGAUCAAUACCUCAAAUCUAAAGGCUUGCAUCGGAGCAAGGUCGCUAAAGAUGGCUCGUGUUUAUUUCGGGCUGUCGCCGAGCAGGUGCUUCACUGCCAAAGCCGCCACACCGAAGUCCGAGCCAAGUGUGUUGAGUUCCUGAAGGAGAACAGAGAAAGCUACGAGGCGUUUAUUGAAGGAGACUUUGAAGAUUAUCUGUUGAAGCUUCAGGACCCACAGCAAUGGGUGGGAGAAGUGGAGAUCAACGCGCUCGCUGUGAUGUACAAGAGGGAUUUUCUGAUCUUCCAGGAACCCGGAAAACCGGCCGUCAACAUCACAGAUAAAAACUUCAAGGAGACGGUACAGUUGUGUUUUCUGAAUGGAAAUCACUACGACAGCGUUUAUCCCAUCAGCCGCGUUAAGAGUGCCGCCGUCUGUCAGUCCGUCCUGUACGAGCUGCUGUAUGAAGACGUCUUUAACGUGGACCGGAGCUUGCUUGGUAUGUGUCAGCGGUCCAGCCGAGCCAACGACCUCCUGAGCGACGACAACAUGCCCGCCUGCCCUAGCAGCGACGAGUCCGACCUCGACGGCAACGAGCCGAUCUGGGUUGAAAAUGGAACGAGCACGACGGCUCCGAGACACAGGGGCCGUGGGCGCGGCCGAAUGCUGCCUGAGAGAGUGAGACGCUCUCUGAACCCGACUCUGUUCAGGAACGUCGAAUACGACAUCUGGCACAAGACCAAGAGAGCUCAACAGAGGAUGGAUUAUUCCGUCGCUGUUGGGAUGCAGUACAGCAUCGGAGAUCGCUGCCAGGUCCGUCUUGAAGGCAGCGGACGGAUCUACAACGCCACCAUCAAGGAGCCGCAUCGCAACAACCGUGACUUGGUGACAGUUUACAUUGAUGACCUGGGAAAGAUUAGACAGGUCCCUCUGUGGAAUCUACGAGCUCCCAGUGAAGAGAGCAGCUGGAGUACUGUGUCAAGAGACAAGAGGCUGAGCAAUGGACACGGAGAUUGGGAGGAGAGGAGUCGAGGAGGCAGAGGCAGGGGGAAGCUCGUCUCAUCAUCGUCCUCCUCUGUUGCCCCAGCGACGGCUCCAGGCCCCGGUGGGCGGAUGAUAAAGCAGCACUCGUGGCCCCCGCAGGCCCCAACGGACGAGCAGGGAGGCCCCCGACCCAACAGAUAUAAGUCCGUGAGCUCGGCGGACAGUGGCCUCACGGAGAAGCAGCGUACGGCCAAAGAUGAGGAGGAGGAUGUGGAGUUGAACGCGGCGCUGUUGGCGAUCGAGCUCACUGACGAGCACAGCUUCCCCGCUCUCGGGGCUCAGUCGGGAGUCCCGGGAGAAGCAGGGAGGAAGAAAGGAGUCGAUAAGAAACGAUCACUGAGAAACAAGACGAAGAGUCCUGUUGAAGACGUCAGAGCAAUGUCUCCCUCUGCUGGUGAAAGACCCAAAUCCUCAACUCCACCACCUGCAACCGCUGCUGCUCCUGCUGCACCUCCUGCUGCGAAUACUCCCACACCCAAUAACCCCACCCCUCCUCCUUCUCUACCUCCUGCUGUUAAACUUCCUCCUGCUGCUCCUCCUUCAUCCUCAGACUCCAGCUCUGCUUGGUUGAGUUCCCUCAAAGCUCCGACAGCCAACAUGAAUGUCACCUCCUCCACCACUGCUGCUCAAAAAACAAGCACACUCUCUUACGCCUCCGCUGCUGCUGCUCCUCUGAGCUCUAAACCUCCCUCCGUCCCGUCCUCCGCCACACUCUUCUCCCAACUCCCCUCUGCUUUCCCCGCCGCUUCAUCACCCCCAAUCCCACCGGCCCUCUCCUCUCCUUCACCUCCUCCUCCCCCCACCUCCUCCUCUCCUUCCUCCUCGCUGCCACCGCCCACUUUCAUCGCCCCCAUCGCUCCCUCUCCUUUCGCAGCUCAGGGCUUCCUGUCCCGUUCCUCCCCGCCCGUCUCCUCCUUCCUCUCCCACUCCCCAAGCCCGCCCUUAUUCCCCUCCUCAGUCCAGAGCACCUCCUCUUCAUCCUUCACACAUGCGCCUCCUCUUCAAGUCCACGAGGCUCCAGCAGCUGCAGUCAAGACUUCAAAUUCUUUGCCGAAUAUCGGAAGUCCUCUGGCGGCACCGCAGACCCUCCAAAACCUGCCGUCUCUGUCCCAGAUUCAUCCUCAGGUGCCUCUACCCCAAAACCAGAGUCAGUUCGCUGUGUCCCACAUCCAAACCCAAAGUCAAGCAUCUCUACCCCAAAACCACAUCUCGUUGCCCCAGGUGCAGUCCGAGGUUCAGUCCGCCCCUCCUCACGUUCAGCAUCAGCCUCAGUCUCACACUGAAGUAGCUUCUGUGCCUCUAAACCAGAUCCAGAUGCAGGCGUCUGUCUCCCAGUCUCAGGCCCAGUACCCUCCACAAUCCCAGUCUUCCUACCCCCACCAUGCCCAGCCCUCCGUCCCUGUCUCUGCCUCUAUGCAGCCACAGCAGCACCUCCCUGCUCAGCCUCCUCAGCCCUCCCAAGUGCCUCACCCCUCACUCUCCCUUUCCCCGACUCACCCCCCUCUCCAAACCCAGACCCCUGACGCCCAGAACCAAUCGGUUGCCCCACCACCUUCGGCUCAACCUGAGUCGCAGCCGCCUCCUCCUUCUCCACCGUCUCACCACCCCCAGCUACAGUCAGCACCUCCCCUCCCCCUCCCCCUCAUGCACCCCACCUCCGUACCAGGAGGCAUUCCUGUGCAGCAGCUGUCCCAGCUCUACCAGGACCCGCUGUACCCCGGCUUCCCCCAGGGAGAGAAGGGCAACGUGGCCAUGAACCCGCAGUUCUCCAAGAGCAAGUCUGGUGCCGACCUGCCCCAAGAUAUCAACGUCUUGAGGUUUUUCUUCAACUUGGGACUCAAGGCCUACACCAUGCCGAUGUUCCAGCCCUACGUGUACCUCUUUCCCCUCCAGCAUGCAUACACUAUGCAGCCUAAGCUCCCCUCUCGCUCCCCCUCUCCAACGCCCCACUACCCUCCACCCAACCCUUCUCCAGGCCACCAGGAGGUGUUCCCACCACACCCCCCACCGUACCCUCCCACUUCAGGCUCGGUGACGCCUCAGUAUGACCCUCAUGUUGCCUCACAAGCCCAAACCCCUGAGCCCCCCCAUCCCAGUGAACCAGCCCAGAAUCUGUCUGGGUACCCCGUCACCCAGCCUCCAGCCUCCAGGAUACCCUGGGCACAACACCAGUUGCCCCCACCCAGAAACCCCUCCUUCCCUGGUAGUUACCCGGCCCCGAGUCCACCGUACCCGACCAUGCCAACCUCAACUCAGGGCUACCACCCAAGUCAAGGCUCCAGACCCCCAAUGUUCCCCCAGAGUAUGCCCCAUUACCCCUCCUCCUCGCUGGGUUAUCCAUCUUCAGCCACCCCUGAGGAGCACCAGAUGAGGCAUCGACCAAUGGAGCAGAUUCACCCCGGCAACGGGGGCCCCAUGCCUGGACACGGUCCCAGCAGAGCCCUUGGUCCUCUCGAGGCUUCUGGUGCUGCCGACAAGGCUACUGCUAACAGCAGCAGAGUGAUGGUGGCUCCUGGAGCAUCGGGUUUUGGUCUGAAGAAGGAGCAGGGAGAGAAUCUGACCCCGGUGCUGCUAGUCGACCCACCAAUCAACAACAGACCCAUAGUCACCUGGGUUUCUGACCCUGAAGUUAGAGAAUCCUCCAUGCAGACUUCCAGCAGCACCUCUGGCUCUCCUGGACGUUAUGAUGUCACCUCCAGGAGGUCCGUCGUCCUCAGCGACAACAACACGGCCCGCGUGUUCCGGGGCCAUCAGCACAAACCGGCCAAUCACAGCAAACCGUACCCCUCCCCUGAGCCAGGUUUCCUAGUAACCGUUACCAUGCCGGAGCCUCUGUCGAUUGGCUGCAGCACGGAAGACGCCUGGGAGGGUUCGGAGGGAAGACGCGAAAAUCAGAGGCAGUGUCGUCCGGCACGUCCAAAUGCUCGAGCUCGCUUCGGAGAAACACGAACACUAUCCGAAUUCUCUCCGUCAUUCGCCAUCCGAUACUGCUUGAUAGCUUAG